AUGGUUAUGGACAGACCAACCCUGGAGUCCCCCAACCCAGCUUCCUCCAUCGUAGAUGUGCUGGUGGGAUUGAGAAGGACCCAGACCCACAGACCCACCACCAACCCCAACCCGUCCAGGUUUGCCCAGAAGUUUGGAGGGACGGAGAAAUGUGCUCGUUGUGGAGACUCUGUGUACGCAGCUGAGAAAAUCAUGGGGGCGGGCAAGCCGUGGCAUAAGAACUGUUUCCGCUGUGCAAAAUGUGGGAGGAGCCUGGAGUCGACCACUCAGACCGAGAAAGAUGGAGAAAUCUACUGCAAAGCUUGUUACGCCAAGAACUUCGGCCCCAAAGGGUUUGGUUACGGCCAAGGAGCCGGCGCUCUGGUCCACGCUCAGUGACGGCUCGGCAGGAUCUCGUCGAUGGGCUCGCUCCUCGACAGGAACGUUCGUUUCUCGUUUCAGAU